GGGCAUUCUUUAAGAUCCCCCGCUGCACACGCAGUCUUCCUCUUUAACCGGGCUCAUCAACCGGAGGACGGAGGAAACGCAGAACACAGAAAGAGAGAGAGAGUAAUGGCGAUGAGAAGCAGGAGGUUAACUACGCUUUUAUUCUCUAUCGUUGAUAAGACCCAGGUGAGGAAACCGGGUCGGAUUCCCGACAGGAUGACCGGGGUCGGGUCAGUGGUCGGCCGGUGGUUUUCCUCUGCUUCGUCCUCGGCUGCUGCUGCUGCUGCAACGGAUGAUGAAAGCGAUAUGUACGAGGUCGGACGCGGACUGAAGGAUUACGAAGAUUACCGGAGAUCUCUCUACGGUGAAAUCACUCACAAGGCUUUGCUCGUCGAUGCCGUUGGCACUCUCCUCGUUCCCGCGCAACCCAUGGCCCAGAUAUACAGGGCAAUUGGAGAGAAAUAUGGAGUUCAGUACUCGGAGGAUGAGAUUCUUAAAAGAUACAGAAGAGCUUACGAGAAGCCCUGGGGUGGAUCUCGUCUCAGAUACGUGAAUGAUGCAAGACCCUUCUGGCAGUAUAUAGUGAGCGCCUCAACCGGCUGCUCGGACUCUCGCUACUUUGAAGAGCUUUACAACUACUACACUACAGAACAUGCAUGGAAGCUAUGUGAUCCAGAAGCAGAGAAGGUAUUCAAGGCCUUGAGAGAAAGGGGCGUAAAGGUGGCUGUUGUCUCCAACUUCGACACUCGGUUAAGGCCGCUUUUACGUGCCCUAAGAUGCGAAAACUGGUUCGACGCUAUUGCUGUUUCAGCAGAAGUUGAAGCAGAGAAACCAAACCCAACAAUCUUCUUGAAAGCUUGUGAGCUGUUGGGUGUGAAUCCAGAGGAUGCAGUUCAUGUAGGAGAUGACCGUAGGAACGAUGUAUGGGGGGCCAGAGACGCUGGCUGCGAUGCCUGGCUCUGGGGAAGUGAUGUUACUUCCUUCAAGGAGGUUGCUUAUAGGAUAGGGGUGAAGAUUUGAGACAUCUGCCAAGGCCCAACACCACAGGAAGAGGAAGAGAUAGAUGCUUUGGAAAUCUCUGUAGGUUUUCUUUUCUUGAAGCAGUUUUGUAAAUCGGAACAUAAAAGGUUGCAAUAAGGAAUGAAGCUUUCAAGA